AUGAACAGGCAGAACCCGCCCCUACAGCCGUCGCCGUCACCAACACUCCGCGACUGCGCCGUCCAACUUGAGUCUCGGCCAGGCUACAGGUCAGACUCGGUGCGGGACGCCUCCGAGUUUGUGGCCACGUUGACUGAGACAGUCCAGCGCAGUCGGGCGUUAGGCUCGGCCGGAAUUUCUUCGCCCGGUCCGUGUUUGUACGCGAGUUCGCGAUCUUUAGGAGGGGCAAAGACCAAGUCUCAUCGGGUGCCCGAAGAGGUUCCCACAGCCGCACAAGCCGACGCCCUCGCCCCCGGGGGCGACACGCGGGGUCGGGCGAGUUCCCGCGGGCACCUUGAAAGAACUGAAGGCGAAAACAAACACCACCAAGAAAACAGAGAGGAGGAAGUCAUGGGGAGUCCUGUCGACUUCCCGCGAGACUGCUUCCGUGAGACGGCAGCCGACGCUUGCAAUCUUCUCAACCAGGUUCCCACGGCAGAGACUCAAGCUACGCCCGACAACCCUGCGUUCCACACAUGCGCUGACCGCUCUGCCGCUGCCUCACCGCGCCCCCAGGAAACGGACGAGUCAGACACCUCGACCGUAGACCGCAGCGUAUUCUCGACAUCCGAGCUCCGACAACCUAGCACAACUGCGACGGGGAGCUCCAGGAGGCCGGAGUGUAUUGCGGCCGUGUCGCAGGAGACUCGAUGUUUCUCAGAAGACGGGCAAACUCGUGGCGACACGAGGGUUCCCGACUGUGCCGGCGCCCAGACGCACCCCCUUCCGCCUUCGACGCCGGCGUCUGCCGCACCUCGGCCAGCCGCCCGAACCGGAGUCGCCCAUGAUUUCUCUGACCGUCGACGUGCUCUGCAGGCGCAACUGUCCACUCUGGAGCGCACACUGGCUGACUUCCUCGGAAUCGUCGCAGCAACCGCCCCCGGCGCCUUGGCUGCCGCCAUAGCAGUGGCGGCGGCGGGGCCUCCUUCCGAGCCGAAGGCGAGCUACGCAUCAGGCUCCGAGGCGCCGGGUCCGCUGGGGCCUUUGCGUGCUCAGGAAACGGCUGUAUCGACCAGACUGGCUCUGACAUCGGGAUCCCCGGAGGCGCGGCCUGCUUCGGCCGGCGGCUGCGGGUGUCUGUGGAGACAGCAGAGCGAGAGUCAGUCCAGCUGUGACCGCUCAAGAACCACAGAGACAGCGCGGCCAAAAAUAAACGACGAGACAAGAACACAUAGCCGCGGGCGGACGGAGAUUAGCCACACACGGGAGGGCGAUAUCCACAGUGUCGGAGACCUCGAGACUUCCUGUGGCCUUCCCACCCACCGCCAGAGAGCCGACCCUUCUUUCGCGGCCGCCUGCGGGUUCUCAAGUGGGGCAGUGACGAGAGAGUCAUUUCAACUCAACCGUUUCCGGCAAACUUGCAACCCGUUUUCGCCGCCAGCUUCUCUGCAGCGAGAUCAGUGGUCUUUGGGCGGGUGCGUUACGUUGCGCAGUUCCCAGAGUGUCAGCAGCCUCGGGAGCGACUACAGCCCCGUGACCGGUGAGAACAGGAGCUUAGGAGAGAACCACGAAUCACCGAGCGAAGAGGCUCAACCAGCAAUUGCGGCGACAUGCACGGUGGGCGCCCACAGCCCUCUAGAUCGCAGUAAAGACGCCACACUCGGCAACAAGAACGACGCAUUGAAAUGCUGCGGCAGUACCGAGGGCGUGUGUGACAGCAGAGAUGAAGACACGACCUCGAGGACUUCCGAAGAGGCCGAUGAGGCCGCGCUCGCGCAGACGGUUGUGGAAGGCCUGGGGAACAGUUCUCAACUCCGGCUGCGUGCCGCGAGUACGGCCGACCUUCACGGGCCCCCGAACGGCAGAGGCAACAUGGCAACUGGCCAAGACAGCGCGUUCGACGCCGAGGGGGUUGGCUCUUCGGAGAGGUGUUCAGACCCGUGCUGCCGCUCUCAAAAGAUCGCGGGGGCGGGAGUACCGGACAGCUCGCACGCGUCUCUGUCUCAGCUUGAGACUGCCUCAGGGGCGCAGUGCAGCCCCGCUCUCUCCUGGUGUUCGCCCUCUGCACGCACCCCCUUCAGUCGCGGGAUUUCCUCAAGACGUGUGACUUCUGAACGACCUACGGACUGGACGGCGGCGACACCGUCGACUGCAGCUACAUGUACACCCGAGACGACCUCGAGUUCGGCGCUGUUCUCGCCCAACAGAUCCGCCCAUGUUGGCGACACCCGUUCGUUAACGAGUGAGGAGAAUGUCCGUGUGGAGGGGCAAAAGGCGAAACCAACAGACUCGCAAGACAGCGAGGCAAAGGAGAGUCGAGUUUCUCCACGCGGCUCCACUUUGUCUUUCACAGCUGACAGCAGCUGGCCUCUCUCAUCUGAGACCCGCCUGGCGCCACGGUGUGGCCCAGUCGGCGAGCCCUGUCUUUUCCCGCGUUUCCCCCCCUCUUUCGACUCUCGCCUAUCGCCCCCCGGACCCCGGAGCGAGCAGGCCUCGCAACUGCCUGCUGGCUCACCCGCGGGCCGCAGAGGCGCGUGCGCGUUUUGUGGAAGCGUGCGAGGAGACAGCACCGCCCAGGACGGGGCACCGGGCUCUGGCCGGUGUUCUUGCGGGCGCGCCUCUCUCCCGUCACGGGGCCCGGGAGAGACGCUGAAGGCAAAGAACGGAGAAGAAGGGAUUGCUGGGCAGCUUCUCCACAACCUUCUGCUCGUUCUCCAGUGUCUAGAUGAGGUAAAGGACAUGCAAGCGACGGCGCCUCUGGGUGGCCCUUGGACGAGGCCGAGGGGCUCUCCUGGAGGGACCGGGCGGUGGCGACUCAACGCGAUCACAGAAGUCGCCUGGCGGAGUGCGCAUGCAGCCGCGAUGACCGGCGCGCUGGCGGCUCUGCCUUCUCGGGAAGAAGCUCGACCCUCCGAGGUCUCAGCGCGGCGAGUCACGCAGCGAGUCGUGCAGCGAGGGAAACCGACACGGCGCCACGACGAAGUUGACCGCCUCUCUGCGGCCGUCCUCGCUGUCUCGGUCGCAGCUGCCGGCGCAGCGGCGUGUGCGGCACAUGCGCCUGAGGGAGACAGAGACUCCGAGCCGUUGAAGCGACCGUCACGCGUUGGGCCCCAAAAGAGCCAGACGGCCGCCCGCGUGUUCAGAGAGGGGGCUGCACGGGCGUGCAACACACAAGCCGACACGAAAGAUGAAAAAAGGCGCUUCUUCAGAAGUUUCUCCACCCCGGGAGGCACGCGAAGCCGGUCAUGGGCGAGCGAAUGUGAGUACAAGGACGCGAGCAAAUACGGGGAAGACAGGAGGGCGCGUCGGGCCGCUGUGAAGCGAAGACUGCGUGGAGGGGGCGACGGCGAAGUCCCGAGUCCGGAGAGUUUCAGGAGAGAGGCCGGACACUCUAGUUGGGACAGAGACAAUCAGUCUUCGUGUGGGGAAGCAACGGGGGUUUCCUCUCAGCAGUCGGAAGACACAGGUGGUCAGUUUCCCUGGGGUCAUGAAUGCUCCUCGCGCUCGGAGCCGCGGGGACGCGCGGACCAUCGAGCCCACAGGGGAGCGCGCGAGCGGAACGGGGCCCUGGCUCUCCUUCAAGGGAGUUGGGUGAUCCGACUGCUGUCCCCCGCUUCUCCAGAGAGGAAGGUCGAGCAGCGAGGCUGUGCAGCGGCAGCCCGUUCCGCAGCGGCCAACUUUUUCUUUUCCUUCGCUGGAGGAAAGGGGGGAAGGAAAGCCGGCGCCUCUCAGGAACGCAGCAGCCACGACUCGCACACCUACGGCUUCCCGUCCAGUCUCUUUCGUGCAGGGACUCGGGGGGGUCAGAGCGAGAAAGGCAGUGGACAACUCCCGCAACAGGAAAAGUGCUUCCUUUUUGUGUCGGCGGAUUUCGGGCAUCUUUGCUGCUCGACGAGUCCGCCGCCCAGUGUGGUGCGAGCUCCUCACGGCCCGCCAGAGAAAGGCGGCGUUCGGAGUCUCGCCGAGAGCGAAGGGGCGAAGGUUGCAGGCAGUCUGCGCGGGGAGGCCGAACCUUCGAAGCCUUUGAGGAAAGACGCCCGAGGGCUGGUCCCUGCGGAAGCAAGAAGGCGCAAGGACGCGCUGCGAGAGCCGACUCCGCCGGAAAACAGCGACUUUCCGUCUUCGCGCCGUGCAGCUGACGGCCAGACGAACGAUCGGGCUCUGGAGGACACUGACGCGUCGACCUCAAAGAGUGAGAGCCACGGGAGUGUAUGGACCCUGGCCGAAGAGGAGACCGCCGACCGUGAGUUUGGGGCGUCUUCUCGAAGCGAGAAAGGGGAUGGGGAGAGCGACGUCGGAUGCCCCGCCGCUUGGUUGAACAAGCCGCUGCACGCUUUGCCCUUCCAGGGUGUCCACACAUCCGGGCCGAGUUGGGGGACGGAGCGCCGAGGCGCAGCGGUGCAAGAUCCGCCCGUGGCCUCGUCUCGCAAAAUGCGUCCUCGUGUUCCUUCCGUCUCGGUUCACGGGGAGCAACGGACAUGGACCAAUUCGCCACGGGACACAGCCGGAGGCGGGGCGAACCCGACCCCCGAAACUCUCUUCCGGUCGUUGAAAGCGAAGGGUUCGCCCGUCGGGCUCGGCGCGGAAUCGAGAACUCCCCUCGGGGUCGGCUCGACGCCCGCAGUUCUGAGUGGAGUGGCGCACAUACCAGAGGGAGACCACCGAGACACGCCUGUCUUGGGCUAUUGCUGUUUAAGCGACUCCAGUCUAGCCAGUUCCCGUGCACGUCGAGCGUCUGAAGAACGAGUGACACCAGUGGUCGCAUCGCCAUACUGCGUUUGGGCCGAGGAGGGGACUCCAGAGAGUGAGUUCGCUCUCUGUGGAGCCAUGUCGACAAGCACGGUCAGCGCUCUGAGGAGUGAAGGGCCCGAGGUCAGGCUUCAGAUCGCAAGCUGUCCAGGUCGCGGUCUAACGGGACCCAAAGCAGAGCACAAGACGGCAUCAGACGCAAGGCUUGAGGCAGCCUUUUCGGACGGACAGGGAGACCAUUCGGAGGGAGAAGCAACGGACACGAGCGUAGCACCUUCAGUGCUGUGCGCCGCUCUUCCUGCCUUCGCUUCUUGCCGGAGGAGACAGGGACGAGGAACCCGCAAGGCGUGCCCGCCUUCCUCUCCCUCUUCCGCGGCUUCCAGCGUGCAGCCCGGGCACGCACCCGAGACAGAGGCGGGAGAGCCAGGAGACAGUGCUCUCACCGCACCUAGAUGGGCGCGGAGCUGCUCGGCCGCGUCCCCAUCUCAGGGCUCCGCAGUCGCCUCUCUCCAGCGCAUUCCCAGGGCGAAAGGAAGCGGCGGGCGCGGGCUCAUCCGGCGCGAGACGGCGCGGCUCGAUCCCGCCGGGGGCCGACGGCGCGCUGGAAGCCCCCAGCUGAUUUUCGCCACCUCGCCGAGCUGUGGGGCGCGGCGCAGUCGGCUGGAGACCGCGCCCAGAGACCAGGCAGCCGGCGACGCGCUGCAAACCCGUGCACCUGCGAGUUCCCCCUGGGGCUCUGCCGAGCUCAUGGUUCCUCUCAGCGCCGUUGAACGCGUCGAGUACGGAUACUCGAGCAACGCCUACUGCCGUCUCCAGCGCAGCAACUGCGCGCCGCUGGUGGCGAUUCCGCCGUAUCUCUGCUGCUCCAUCCGCAUGAGAGGGCGCCCGUCCUGCAUGCGGGAGGAGACAGGCCGGGCGCAGCGGAGGCGUGCACCCGAGCGAGGCGGGGCGAAGGCGAAGCGACCUAACUGCAGCUCAGACAGCGUCGCUUCGUCGGCCUGGCGAGAGUGCAUGCAGUCCAACCCUGGGGCACCCGAGUGGGGUCAGGGCUCGGCAGCGAGCGACAAGUCCUUGCGGGCGGGACAAACGCGAGACGACGACUUGGAGACGCUCGACUUCAUCGUCCUCACCGCAGAGGACGCAGCCAACUGGGUCGUCAGUUUAAACCGCUUGAUCCAACACAAUCCACUUCGCGUCCUUUUCACUGCAGAUGAAUUUUCUCGCCAGCUCCGCGUCAUGCGCAAGCACCACAUGCAGCGUCUGCGCCUGGAGUGUCUCUUGGCCCACACGCAACUGCACAUGGGGCACUCUGAAGCUCGCACCGGAAAGGUGCCUGACGGCUUGCGGGGACCCAGUCUUUCUGCGGAGAAGGCGAAAGGGAAGAUCGCGGGAAACGGCGCGUCGCCUCCGAGCUCCACCGCCAACCCGGCCCCCACGCUCCCGCCGCACACCGUGACUCACUUCCAAGAACUCACUGCGGCGCUGGCUGGAUGGGACGUACCCCGGGGGGACGCGCGUCGGGCCUUGAAGGCGGACGCACCCCCUUGCAGAGAGCGGCACGGCGACGUCGUGUCUGUUUUCGAAGACGAGACCGACACUUCGGGGGGAGAGGCUGACAGCCCCUGUCGAGUCCACGUUUCCCUCUGCAGGCCGGGGGAAGCGAGACGCGGGCUGCAUCGCCUGCGCAGAUACCCCUCGGCGCCUCCACUCUCCAGCUGCUGCAGCACGACUUCAGGGAGUGGCGGCGACCUCAACAGCGGCGACGAAUUUCCACGACUUGGGUCGUGGACCGCCGGCUCUCUCGCGGGGGUGCCGUCCUCAGGCGCGAACGUCCCCAGCUCCAGACUCAAGUCGCCCCGAGAGCCGGGACUGACCACCAGCCGCAAGUCGCCGCAGGCUGGUGGCUUCCCUUCGGGGCCUCUCUCGACGUUUUCGCCGACGCUCACGAGUUCGAGCGGCGGGGCGGAGCGGGCGAGCAGCCAUCGCAGCACGUGCGCGUCCGGUGGCGAAGAGGCAAAUCGCGCAUGCACCGUGAGACCAGGCUGCGCGUGUCCAAAGUGUACGGGGAUCCGCGCGGCAGCUGAACUGCUGGUACGGGCGAUCCAGGGCGGCGCACACGCCCCCACAGCCUCUCCUGUCGCCUCAGCCGCGACGCCCCCCUCGCGGACAGCCCCAGAAGGGGAAAGCGACGCGGCUGACCGCGGGGACAAGUCGACUGGAAUCGAGUGGACGGAAGGCGCGCUUCCAGAUGCCUCAGAGAUUCCACAACGACCGGAUCAAGAGGAAGAGAGGAGCGACCGAGACGAGCAGUUGCCCAGCACGUUCACCCACCAACGCGGGGCGGUUUUGUCUCAGUCGCCGCUUCACCGCAGCCUGCAAGGCGCGCCUGCGGGGCCUCUGGGCGUGAAUAGGGACUCGGCGGCCUUUGCGCCUCAACCCGCUUCGCCUGUCACGACAUCGAGCGGUCUCGGCGUGUCAGGGACAUCUCGACUCGCGUCCGACUCGGCUCGUGGCCCCAAUCUUUCUGAGGCUGUGUCUGUGAAUUCCGCCUGGUCUGGACCGACGGUGCUCCUGCAAGGAGCUCACGACCCAUUUUUGGGGCCCGUGGAGGAGAUGAGAAGCCUGUGGAGAAGCAGGAGCUUCACCUCGGCGGAUGCGGCGGCGACCGAGCUGCGGCGAUGGGACUGGACCGGCGCAUGCGCCUCCAGCUGUCCCUCGCGGUCGGGCGCCGGGACCCCUGGCGCCUCCAGUCGAUCGAAGACGGCGCAGGCUCUCCUGCGGUUCGUGCCCCGCGGCUGGGGAGGCAGCAAACGGUGCGAGUCCAGUUCCUCUCGGAGUCUAGCGCGCGUCGAGCAACAGAUAGGGGAAGGACAGAUCUCCGGAGAGGAGACACCUUCGUGUGUGGGCCCUCAUCCGAGUCUCGCGUGGCCGUCCUCUGACUCUGCCGCGAGGCCGUGUCUCUGCCCCCAUCGCCCGGCGUCCGUGCUCCCUCUUGACAGGGUCGAGACGAACCGAGGGGCCGAAGCAGAGACCAAAUGCGUGGACGCGCCCUUUGCCCCGUCCAGGUGCGGGCCCUACGUGCCUUUCUACGGGGACUUUUGUUCACGUUCUUCAGGUCGCCUGUCCCCGCUGCACAUAUCUGGGAGCGCGGCCUGCUUCGCUGGACAUUCGCCCGGGGGACCGCGCGUCUGCAUGCACCGCAUGAAUCACGAGGAAAGAUCUGUUGAGGGCCAAGGCAGCGCCUGGGGAGGGCGCGGCGUGCCAAGUGCGCUCUCCACGGAGUUUCGGGAGCGUCCCGCUGGAGCGCGGUCCUCCAGAAGCGGUCAGUCGGGCUCAGGAGCAACCGGUUCCUCGGACGCGCACGCUGGGACAAAGAGACGGGGCCUCUCUCGGGGCUUCAGUUUCUUUUCCAGGCGACGCACUUCCGAGAAGGACACCCACUCCCCAGCUGGAAAGCCCGGCAUCAAGCGAUCCGCUUCCUGCUUCACAGCCGGAGACAGACAGGCUGGCCUCUGCCUGCCCCACAGUGCUGCCUCAGUCGUCCUUUGGGGACUGAGACUGAAAAGGCUCUCGAGAGCCGAGCACGGCCCCCAGACUCCCGACGCGGCAAGCGUCAGCUGGAGUGCUUCCCGAGGCUCGCUUCAAGUGCCAGGCCUGGAGGGCCCCAAGUGCAUGCAUCCCGCGGUAGACAAGGAGGGAUUUCCUCAGGAGGCCGCGGCGCUGAAAGCCUCCCCUCACGGAGUUUUCGCGCACGCGAUGCCGCCCUUCUUUGGCGAGGGAGCUUUGCCUCUCGCUCAUCCAGGGGAAACCGCAUGCGCUCCGUGUGGGGGCUGGGCCGGCUGCAGCGUUCCGUUGGCAUCUCUGCGCGGCGUUUGUGGGGCUGCGCGGAACGAAGACAGCGAGAGUGUCGAGGGCUCCGCCGCCUCGGCCGAGGAACGCGGCGUGCCUGUUCCGCCAAGUCUUUUGGCGGCGCGCGUGGCAGGGGGUGCGUGCGCGUUCGCAGGGGGGCUUUUUGUCCCCCUUCCCCACGCUCCCCACAGUUUGCCACUCAACCUACACGCCCCCCACCGAGGCGUUCUGCCUCAAGCAUGUGUUUACAGGACACACGCCCUGGCUGCGGAAGGCCUAAUGCAUGGCUACCGGCCUGUUAAUGUAUGCUGGAAGUCGAAAGACGAGGGCAAUGAGCCUGGCUGCCGCGCCGCGGGUCCCCUGCGGCCCGCUGCUGGCCUCCACCCAACUCCAGUCUCCUCGCCCUACGGACCCGUGGUCCUCAAGCCGGUGUCUGAUCGGAGCCAAGAGUUUCAGGCUUCGCACCCUGCUUCGGCGUCUCCACAUGCGCAAGCCUGCGGCGCUUUUCUGGGACGCGAAGCGAGCAAUGACGGGAAACAGGAAGGUUCCCAUUUGCCACGCCCCGUUUCGUGCAGCCUCAGCGACGAAACCGCACCGAACUUCCCCGAGGCGGCAGCUAGCCCGCCAGGGACGCUCACGCCGCCAGGAGUAACUGCCUGUCUGCCGUCUGAGGAUGACGAAGAGGAAGUCCAGUUUUGUAUUUUCAGUGAAGACGAGGUGUCCGGAAAAGCAGACUAG